CUACUGAAGAUAGUAAAUAUUUUUUUGAAACUCAAAUCAAAAAGGCAAUAUAUCAUGACGCGAAUAAAGAAUAUAAGAAAGCAUGGGAUAUUUUUGAAAACCUUCAUAAAAAAGGAUACACAGGUGGACCACAAAUCUAUAUGGCAAAAUACCUUCUAAAUGGGUUUCACGUCGAAUUAGACGUAAAAAGUGCUUAUGAAAUAUGUGAUGAGGAAAAAGCUGAUAACUUACGACUUCAAAUUGCAAAAAGACACCAUAAUAAAAAAGAAUACGAGAAGGCUUGGACUAUUUUUUCUGAUAUUUAUACUUGUAAAUUCAGGACAAACCAUUAUUCAAGCAAAAAAUCGCAUGAUACACAUAAACAUACUGCUAAAUUUUGGAUGACAAUUUAUGUUUUAGAAGGAUAUUAUCAUGAAAUACAAACCGAAAUAGAUAUAAAUCUUAAAUUUACAUGA